CUGCUAAGUUGUAAAAUGUGGCUGUGGCUGAAGAAAAGAGAUGGAUUCCUAUCAAAGAAAAUGACGACAUCAACUCCUCUAUCCAAGGCCAACACCACCUUCUCUCUGGCUUUGUUCAAAAAGCUGAGUGAUGACGACAAGACUGCAAAUGUCUUCUUCUCCCCUUUUAGCAUCUCUUCUGCCCUGGCUAUGGUGAUGCUGGGGGCCAGGGGCAACACAGCCAAACAGAUGUCAGAGUCUCUGAAAACCCAGAAUUUACAGGAUGAUGUUCACGUUAGCUUUGCCCAACUGCUGUGCGAGCUCAACAAGGCAGGCGCUCCGUAUGCCCUCAGUGUUGCUAACAGGCUGUACGGAGAGCAGUCCUACCAGUUUAUUGAGGAUUUCUUAGGAAAAACCAAGAAGCACUACAAAGCAGAGCUGGAGCCUUUGGACUUCAAAACCAGCUCAGAGUCAGCCAGGGUCCACAUCAAUAGCUGGGUGGAGAAGCAGACACAAGGUAAAAUUAAGGACGUGCUGGGCCACGGUGUGGUGGACAGCAUGACCAGGCUGGUGCUGGUCAAUGCCAUCUACUUCAAAGGAAACUGGAACAAGCAGUUUGAGAAGAGUUCCACAAGUGAUGCUCCAUUUAGACUCAACAAGAAUGACACUAAGCCAGUGAAGAUGAUGUAUCAGAAAACUAAGUUCCCUCUCACCUACAUCUCCGAAGCCAACUGCCAGAUCCUAGAGAUGCCGUACAAUGGAAAGGAGCUCAGCAUGCUCAUCUUCCUACCAAAUGAAUUCGAGGACAGUACAACAGGUCUGGAGAAGCUGGAGAAGACGCUGACCUAUGAGAACUUUGUGGAGUGGACGCGCCCAGACAUGAUGGAUAACAUUGAGGUCCAGGUGGGGUUGCCUCGAUUCAAGAUGGAGGAGAAGUAUGACAUGAAGAAUGUCCUGAUCAGCAUGGGCAUGGUGGAUGCCUUCGACGUGGCUUCGAGUGACUUCUCUGGCAUGUCUCCCGCCAAUGACCUAGUACUGUCAAAAGUCGUCCACAAGGCUUUCGUGGAGGUCAACGAGGAGGGAACUGAGGCUGCAGCUGCCACUGCUGCUGUCAUGAUGCUGCGCUGUGCUUUGUCUACAGCCAGGUUCAUCGCAGACCACCCCUUCCUCUUCUUCAUCCGACAUAACCCCUCCAUGAGCAUUCUCUUUGCUGGCCGAUACUGCUCCCCCAAGUGAACACUUCGUUGUUCAGAGCAGUGUUGUUUCUCAAGUAGAGGGGGGGGUUACAAUACAUAUAUUGCAACAGUCUAAAAGUUUUUUGGUAUUACUGGAAGAUGUUGUGAAUCACUACUUUAGAGUUUCCUAUAGCUAAUCACACUCUGAGUUCCCGUCCUAUAUUUUAUCCUGUGCCUUACUGAACAUUAGGUUUUUGCACUGUUUAUCUUUUGCACCUGAUGUCAUCUUUAGGAUCUGGUUUACUUUGUCUGUAAUACAUGUAUGGUCCUGUUUGCUGCACACUCACACCCUAGUUUAGCUAUACCAUUAGAGUUUAUUAGUUAGUUUAUCUUAUCGUAUACCUUACACCCUUUGAAAGAGUUUACCUUUAUCAGAAUGUCUAUAAUGCCUCUUCAAACACUAGCACGGACAUCAAGUGUACUUUAAUACCAUACGAAGGUGUGACUGUUGCAAGACUUUUUUUCUACAGUACAUGCUACAUCUAUAUUUUUAAUAUUUCUUUGUUUUAGAUAUUCAAUAAACCAAAGAGAAUAAUGUGAUUAAAUCACAUUGUCCGAUAGAUAUGUCCAUAGUGAUUUGUAACUGAGCAAAGCGCAGAUAUGUAAUUGUACCAUUAUGCAUAAAAUAAAUAUAGACUACAUGAGAUUACAUGAAGGUUUGACCUGGUCCUUUUUAUGUAUCCUAUUUCUCAUGGAAUAAAAGUGUGUGUGGUUUGCAAA